AAAGCCCAUUACAUAGCUGACCUAGAAAAGCCUGUAUAUAAAAAUGUCUUCUCUGUAAACCCUAGCUCACAGAGUGAGAGAGAGAGAGGGGCUCAGCGUGAAAGUUUCAGAGUUUCAUCGCUUCCAUUGAGUUCAAUCGAAGAUGAAGUUCAACAUUGCGAACCCGACUACUGGGUGCCAGAAGAAGCUCGAGAUCGAUGAUGACCAGAAACUCCGAGCUUUCUAUGACAAGAGGAUCUCCCAGGAGGUUAACGGAGAUGCUUUGGGAGAGGAGUUCAAGGGAUACGUUUUCAAGAUUAUGGGAGGAUGUGACAAGCAAGGUUUCCCAAUGAAGCAGGGAGUGUUAACUCCAGGCCGUGUUCGUCUUCUGCUUUACAGAGGCACUCCUUGCUUCCGUGGUUAUGGUAGGCGUAAUGGUGAGCGAAGAAGGAAGUCUGUCCGUGGUUGCAUCGUCAGUCCUGACCUUUCAGUUCUGAAUUUGGUUAUUGUGAAGAAGGGUGAGAAUGAUCUGCCCGGACUGACAGACACUGAAAAACCUAGGAUGAGAGGUCCCAAAAGGGCUUCCAAGAUUAGGAAGCUCUUCAACCUUGGAAAGGAUGACGAUGUUAGGAAGUAUGUCAACACCUAUCGCCGAACAUUCACAAACAAAAAGGGGAAAGAGGUUAGCAAGGCUCCUAAGAUCCAGAGGCUGGUAACACCAUUGACUCUCCAGAGGAAGAGAGCAAGAAUCGCCGACAAGAAGAAGAGAAUUGCCAAGGCUAAGUCAGAAGCUGCUGAUUAUCAGAAGCUUUUAGCGUCUAGGUUGAAGGAACAAAGGGAAAGGCGAAGUGAGAGUUUGGCUAAGAAGAGGUCUCGACUUUCUGCCGCUUCCAAGCCAUCUAUUGCUGCUUAAGUUCAUUGGGAAGAAGCAAUCUGUGAUAUCUGGAUCUGGUCUGUUAUAGCUAUUGCUUGAUGUUGCUUGUGAUAGCUUUUUUAAUGUUCUGAGGUGAUGAGUUUAAGUUAGUGUAUCGUUUACUAUGUGAUCUUUCUGAUCAAAGAUUUUGGUUGUUUAGUACUUGUUGAAUGAAAUCAUCCCGACUUUUAUUA